AUAAUUUCAUUGUCUUUAAUCUCUUAUUGUUUCAUCUGUUGUCUUACGGAUCGAAUCAUUUCUUUCGUUCUCCUUAUAUCGAGAUGGAACCCUUGCCGAUCUUCUAUUGGACCCUUCUUCUUCUAGCGCCAGUCUUGCUGGUUUUCCUAAUUUACAAGAUUUAUUUCCAGAAAAAGCGUGAAAUUCCCAAAAAUACUGUUCUGCUGUAUCAAAUGGGACGUGGUCCUCAUGCACCUAGCGUGUCACCGUUUCCGAUGAAAUUGGAGACAUAUCUACGGAUGGCUAAAAUACCAUAUAUGAGCGAUCACAGUGUCACAUUUUCAUCGAAAGGAAAACUUCCAUGGAUAGUAUACAAUGGCAAACCAGUCGCAGAUUCGCAGUUCUGCAUUGAAUACUUGAACAAGAAGUUGGGUAUCAGCUUGAAUAAGGAGUAUGCUGAUCUUGAUGUAUCCGUUGGUCGAGCAUUUCAGAAAAUGGCCGAAGAAGAAUUAUAUUGGACAAUGUGUGCAGUGACAUUUGGUGAGGAUUUGACUGAAGUGAAGAAGGUUUUGCCUUACAAAGGUAUUGAGCUUUGGAUCAAACUGACAGCCAUAAAACAUGUUGUUCAAAAAGAGAUGUGGGGUCAUGGAAUUGGUAGACAUAAUUCAAAGGAAAUUUGGUCAAUUGGUGAAAGAGAUUUACAUGCUAUUUCUACAUUCUUAGGUAAGAAGAAAUAUUUUCUUGGUAAUGAACCCAGUGAGGUGGACUGUGCCAUGUUUGCUAUGCUUGCUAUGGUUAAGUGGAACAUGCCUAAUACACCGCAUGAAAGACUCAUGAAAAAACUGACCAACUUGGGAGCCUACUGUGAACGUAUGAAGGAACGCUAUUGGCCUGAUUGGGAAGAGUGUUCUCGCUCAAGUAAAAAAUUUAAAGAUGAUAGCUAUAUUUUGAAGAACCGUCAAAAGUCAAAAUAAGAACAAAAUAAAUAAUAUUUUUCAUA